AUGGUUCAUCGAAGCUUCGCAGCGCAGUCGUUAAGCGUCGCUCUCUUCGUCGCAUUAUCUGUCGUUCAGCCCAUCCCGGCGGCCGUCGCGGUGAGCCCGCUGGGCCUCGCCGCCAUUCAGCGGCACUCGCGGCUGGUCGCGCGCUCGCGGUCGCAUCGCGGAUGCAACUACCUCAAGGGAAGCUGGGUGGACACGUCAAUCAUACCCGGCUACAGGCCGCCCUACAGCGCCAGCUGCUCUGAGUUCAGUUGUGAUGGCGUGGCCGACGGGCGCCAGAACCCCGCUAGUUUCGUGUGGCAGCCCUUCCCGCCCUGCUCCUACCAGCUGUGGCGGAUGCAGCCACGUGUACUGCUGGAGAGGUACCGCAACAGUGUGAUAGCAUUCGUGGGCGACUCUUUGAACGACAAUCUCGUGGCCUCCUUUCGCUGCACCCUCGCUGCUGUCACGCCCUUCCAGCACGUGCGGGUGAGGGUGGGGGGGAGGCGGUACCGCAACGCAGUGGAGCUGCCGGCAUAUAACCUCACCGUCGUCACCAUCGCCAGUGGCAAGCUCACCCGCCUCGUCAACUCGAGUUCAGCGAGGGUGAGGGUGGACGGGCAGUGGGCGGCCAUACUGCCACUGACAGCAGCCAUGGUCUUCACAGCCGGCCACCGCUUCUUCCACCAGAACUACAUGUCGCCGGUACUGAAGCUGCGCAAGUCCCUCAAGGCAGUGCGUGACUAUAUCGAGCGCACCAACUACCCUGGCGUCCCCCUCUUUGUCUCCUACUCUCCGGCACACGACCGCACCCAGUGCAAAACGGCAGGCACUCCUCUAAACAACAUCACCGCCGCAAUCCAAGGGGGCGAUACCCGUGCCAUGGCGGUUCUAAAGGAGCAGCGGAAGCUGCUUGCAAGGUCACGGAUGCGGCUGGUGGAGAUAACGUACAUGAGCAUGCUGCGACCGGACGGGCAUUUGAAUCGAGCGGUGAGCGGCAGGAAGAAGGACUGCAGCCACUGGUGCCUGCCCGGCGUGCCUGAUGCCUGGUCUGAUGUCAUCUACUCCAUGCUCGUGCCAUAG